AUGACCUGGAUCUCCAGCGCCGAAAGAUUGUGGCACAGUCUGUUCCAAUUUCCAGACGCAACAUUGCACCCGGGAGAAUCCAACCUUGCAGACAAGCACCCAAUAACUGGUGAAGACGUGCACAGGCCGGCUCUAAAGGGGCCACGCUGGACAGAAUACGUAAUUAUACGCGGUUCUCUUUCGGACUUCGGGUUCUAUAUAGUACAAGGCCCAACCGCUGCCUCUUUUGGUCGAGAGAUCCUCACUUCCUUAGUGCCGGUUUCUGGAGAUCCCCCUAGACGCAUAUCUGCCAAUAUCCUCGUUUCCGAGUUUAUGACAAGAGACUUCGAAUGA